GUUUUUAUCCUAAAAGACGGUUACUGUGUUUUUUGUUGUUAUUAUUUGUUGACAUUGCUAAAAUUGAGUUCGGUCAAAGUUUACGCGGAAAAAAAAAUUUUUUUGUUUGAUUAAAUAAUUUCUUAUUUUCUAAAUUGAAAAUCAUGUUGAAAACAAAACAUUUAGAUAAUUUUUUAUGGAGAUUCUCAAAUCUUUCAUUGUCAUUAUCGUAUAAUCGAUCUUUUUCGAUUAGUUCGUCAUUGUUUUUUCCCGCCGCUUCAAGUGGAUCACAACAACAACAACAAACACCUUCAUCAUCAUCAACAAUAACAAUUCCACCACCACCAAAACGUUCAUCAAAUGUAUUUGCAUUAUUUGUUCGUGAUUGUUUUAAACGAUUUCCAACAGAAAUGCCUGUUAAAGAAAGAUUUGCACGUGCUGGACAAGAAUGGCGACAAAUGACACCUGAACAAAAAGAACAUUAUCAAAAAAUGUCUACCGAAGAAUUUGUUAAAUAUAAAUCAGCUAUGAAUGAAUAUCUUGGCACAUUGAAUGAUGAAGAAUUGGCACAAUUCAAGCGAAUUAAAAAGGAUCAAAUUAAAACAAAAAAUCGUCAACGUAUUAAAAGUAAACUUCGUGAAUUAAACUAUCCAAAACGUUCUGUAUCAUCAUACAUAUUCUAUAUUCGUGAUCAUCUUAAACAAGAAUAUCCGGAUGGUAAAUAUCCACCUGUAAAAUCACCGGAACAUCUUGAAAAAGUAAGAAAAUGGUCACAAAAUUGGCAUCAAUUAUCACCGGAAGAACGAAAACCAUUCGAUGAACAAGCUGAAGUUGAUCGUAAACGUUAUUUUGAAGAAUUAGAACAAUGGAAACAUGAACUAGCUAAACCAGAAAAUGAAGAAAAAUUUCGACAAUUAGAACGUUUAUCGAAAAAAAUGGAAGUAGCCAAUAUGUCGGAAGAACGUGCUGAAUUACGUGCCAAACGUCAACGAAGACUUACGGCAAAAAUUAUCAAAAAAAGAUUAAUGAAAAAAGCUGCCAAUCAUUUGAAAGCUAAAAAGAAAGCUAAAUCAGCAGCUGCUAAAAAGAAAUCGGCUUCAAAAGCUAAAAAAUCCACAACAACAACAACAUCUAAAUCAUCAUCGGCAAAGAAAACAACGAAAAAAGCUAGUGAUAACAACAAUGAUCAAUGAUCAUAAUUGAUUUCAUUUAUAUUUCUUUGAUCUUUUUUUUCCUUUUUUGAUUUUCGUAUUAUACACAUCAAUGUUGUCGAA